AUGCGUUCUCUUUUCUUUUUAUUAAUUGCUUUAAUUUUAACUGUUUUUGCUGAAGAUAGUUUUGAAACAGAAACUAACUUUGAUUUUGAUUUUGAUGAUGAUUAUGAUUAUGAUGAAUUUGAUCUUGAAGAUGAUGAUAUGGAAGAAGAUGAUGAUGAUGAAUUAGAAGAUGACGAUGAUGAAGACUACGAAUUUGAUGAAGAGGAUUUUGAAAUUAAUGAUGAUGGUUAUGAAGAAGAAGAUGAUGAUGAUGAGAAUGAAGAUGAAGAAGAAGAUGAGAAUGAAGAUGAUGAAGAUAUUAAAAUUGUUUCUGCUGACUUUUAUUCAUUCCUUGAUUCAGUUGACAAUGAAAUUGAAGAAAUUGAAAAUGACAAUGAUGCUUUCAGUGAUAUUAAUAACGAAGAAUAUGAAUUAGAAGAAGAUGAUGACCAAAUUCCAAUGCAAUUUCAUCCAGUAAAGAUAUAA